AUGGCACAAACCUUGGCUGAAUCAGCUCUAUCACAACACUUUUUUAAAUUUAAAAGACCAUUAUGGAUAGUCUUAUAUAAAUCUGGCCAUUUUAGAGUAACCAUUGUUAUGUCAAUCGCGAAAAAUAAGCUAAUUGAUGGCAUAGAUAACAAUAACUGGCUAGAUUUAAAGAAGAAAGAAGAACAUAUCAGCAAUAUGGAAUGCCUUGCAAUUCUUGGUCUCAUCUUUGUUUGGAUAUUGUUCCUCAAACAGGAAACAGACUUGAUCAUUCCUUUGAUAUUGGAUAUUGGGAUUAAUGACCCUAUUAUGUCAAACAAUAUUUUAUAUGUUCUGAUCUCUGUGAAGUAUUAUCAAAAAAGCACAGAUACUAAUUACUCCAACAAUGCAACAAGCAUGAAUUCACUAUCAAAUGUUAGAAUAGAACAAUUAUCCACCUUAUUAUUCCUAUCAUUAUAUAUGCAAUUCAGUAUUAACAUGUCAGGUGUAGAUGAAGAAUAUCACUUUCCGCAACAAGGUCUUUCUGGGCAUUUGCCACAAAAACAGAAAUGGAAAUCUAAUGUCAAAGAUAAUGAAGUGAAUAACAGUGAUGACAGGAAUCAGUUGCUGAACACUAUGCAACCAUUAGUGUAUACGUCAGAGAAAUCUGCUAUAAGUUCACAAUCGCAUUCAACUCUUAGGAUAGAAACUAAUAUUCAUUAUAGAAUCAUAAAAAGUGAAAGUUCUUUAAUACCAGCAUCUUUUAAUUCAAUAAAGCAAAAACUUAUUUCUAAUUCAAAGGAUUUUAAUAUUAAAAUCACACGAGUUAUUGAAGAAGGCAGAAGAUAUCUCCAGGAGAAAGUAACAAAGUAA